GUCUCAUUUGUGUGGGGUCUUACUUGAUAGCUUUUAUUUUUGUGCUGAAAUCUGGUAAUUACUGGCUGGCUCUAUUCGACAGUUUUGCUGGCUCUAUUCCCUUGUUAAUAAUUGCAUUUUUUGAGAUGUUUUCGGUCGUCUACAUUUACGGAAUAGACAGGUUUAACAAGGAUAUUGAGUUCAUGAUUGGACACAAGCCAAAUAUCUUCUGGCAGGUUACCUGGAGAGUUAUCAGUCCUCUCAUUAUGUUAGUUAUUUUCUUCUUUUAUUUUGUGGUGAAAGUCAAUGAAGAACUGCUCUACAGCGUUUGGGAUCCCAGCUAUGAGGACUUCCCCAAAACACAGAAGGUUGAAUAUCCCAGUUGGGUGUAUGCUAUUAUCGUAAUCCUCGCUGGAGUGCCGAGUUUGGCCAUCCCUGCCUUUGCCAUCUACAAAGCCAUCAGAAAUUGCUGCCAGAAAAAAAGUGAUCGCACGGGCCUUAUGAGCUCCACGUCUGAGACGUCUGUUAACGGAAACUUAAAGCAUUCAGCAUAG